GCAACAGUUUAGCUCCAGUAGAUAUCAACUAAUACGCACACUUGCUACGAUCAGUUGUUAAUCUAACAAUUUAUCACUUGCAGAGUCGUUGUAAGGGAGUCCACUGUAUAACCCAAUUCAAUAGCAAAUAAGAUUUAACUUAGACCGAAACAAAACCUUAAAGUUUGAAAAAAUUUACAGUUGAUAACUUAACUGUUUGGUUAAUUGGCAAUUUUUGGCAUUACACAAUUUGUUGUUUAAUUUGUGUCAAGGCAUCCAGUUUGGGCCUAUUUAAAUGAUUGUUUUGUUUACACAAACCUUUCCUUUACAAAGCCUGGUAAUUACUUUUCCCACAGAGUCUAAGGAGGAGAAAAAGAAAAGCAGACGAAUAGUUGAAAAGCUGAAGGGAGAACUUGAGUGGCUCCAGAGAGACAACGAACGUCUGGAAGAAGACAAUAAGAUUUUCAAACAAAGAGAAGAAGAACGGGAAGCAGAGAUUGAGAGGUUCCAGAGAGACAAGGAACAUGCGACCGAACUGGACCGAUACGAAAUGGAGCAAGGUAGACGUGGAAUUUGCCUUGUAAUAAACAAUUACAACUUUCCCCGUGGGAGAGAACGUCAGGGAGCCGAAAUUGACGAAAAGAAGAUAGUAGAUCUCUUCCGAGACGAGCUGGACUUCGAAGUGAAGUUUCUACAGAAUCUCCUUGGUUCGGAAAUUCUCAAAGCAGCCAAAGAAUUUGCAGCAAGGGAUCUCAGCCAAUUUACGGAAUUUGUGUUCAUAAUCAUGUCGCAUGGUGAUAAAGAUGCCAUUGAAGGCGUGGACGGUGCGUUUGUCAAAGUGGCACCGUUGAUGUCUCUGUUCUCGGUGACCAAGUGCCCAACACUUCGGAACAAGCCCAAGCUGUUUUUCAUCGAAGCAUGUAGAGGGCAACUAAGCGAUCCAAGAAAGGAUCGGCUUCCAGCACGAUUGAGGAACACUGAAGGAAACGGCAUUGCCAUGAUGCUUUGUGCUGACUCAAAUCUCGCACACGGUGUUACUCCCCUAGAAGCUGACUUCCUGCUCUCAUUCGCAACAGUACCAGGGUACAAAGCCUGGCGAAGUCAAGUAGCGGGCUCCUGGUAUAUUCAAGUACUGGCAGAUGUCAUCCGAAAGUACCACCGUCAUCAUCAUUUACUCGACAUGCUGACAGAGGUGAACAAACAAGUAGGAGCUAUAGCAAAUGACUAUCCAGAGCAUGAUCUCUCAUUUCAAGUCCCAGCCCAGUCUAACACUCUGAGAGCGAAAGUGUUCCUAUAGAGGCCUGGAGAGAGUCAACAAUACGGUUAUCAUUAUCUUUUUUUUUUUUGGCGAUGUUAUUGAAUGCAAGCCACAUUUUUAGAAUAGCUUUGCUAGCGAUAAUAUUAGGGACCUAAUAAGCACCUUAAGCAACAGACGUUUUCGUUGACGACGGCGACGUGACGACCGAUAAGAAACUGGGACUAGGACGGCUUCAGGUUGCGGUCGCGACAGCAAGUUACCAUCCUUAAAGAAGGAUUUCUCGGGCUAGCAUCACCUCUUUUUGUUCUGUCCACUCCAUCAACGAGUUGAAGAUAAACUUAAGUUUAAAAAUAACUCGAUGUAAUUAAACCUUAUACUAUUCAUGUUUUACUAAGAGAUGUAAAAUCAUUGCCAAAAAUAACGAAACAAUUUAAGUUAAUAAACUUUGCCUGCUUUGAAAUGUCAAAUGUAAAGAGCAAAAAUUAUUUUACAUGUGAAACGUGUAUUGCUAAAGCAAUUAAUUAAGUUUUUUAACCGAAGUUUGUAUCACCGCUCAUUGAGAAAAA